GGAUGCACAAGCGAGCGAGAGAGACAGGGCUGGACAGGGGUUCAGCCAUAUUUCAGAGUACUAUCACCGGCUAGUGGGAGUUGAUUUAACAGGAGAACCCACGUAUUACACAAAGCGAGAAUUCCUAUCGAUAACAUCAAGUUAAGCUCGCAGCAUAGUUUUAUAGUCAUGGGAACACUAUAGUCAGCAUUCCAAAACUGCAGCGAAUGGACGGCGCAUGAGGCUGAGCCGUGAUCGACGGGGAAAACAGCCCUGAGACAACCCAUUUUUUUCCAGAGUGGAAAGUAGAGAUUUGUUUAGGAUUAAAGCAAAUGGGACCAGCUGGACCUCGAAUCUGAGGGGAAAGUAACAUGGUGGCCACGGGAACAGUCCAAAUAACGCGUCGGGACCGCAGAAUUGCAUUUUAACAAAAUGUCGGGUUUGUAGCUGCUAAGUUGGGGAGUCUGGGAGUUCGGCUCUUCAACCUCGACCAGAUAGCCAGCUAAAUCCUCUGUUUUUUUGUUUGCGCGAGGAGGGGGGUGGGAGGCAGGGUCGGCUCGAGAGGAAUUUUUUGGGGUGCUCGUUCUGGGGGGAGGGAGUGGUGACUCGGGUGAAAAAGAAAAUGUCAGCGAAGGUGAGACUGAAGAAGUUGGAGCAGUUGCUCUUGGACGGCCACCAGAAGAACGAGAGUUCGCUGAGCGUCGAAACGCUCCUGGAUAUUUUAAUAUGUUUAUAUAACGAGUGCAGCAACUCGCCGCUGAGACGGGAGAAAAAUGUGUCAGAAUUUCUGGAAUGGGUGAAGCCGUUCACCACCACGGUGAAGGAGAUGCGCCUGCACAGGGAUGACUUUGAGAUGCUCAAGGUGAUCGGCCGGGGGGCCUUCGGAGAGGUUGCUGUGGUGAAAAUGAAAAACACCGAACGAGUGUACGCAAUGAAAAUCCUGAACAAAUGGGAGAUGCUGAAGAGAGCUGAAACGGCCUGCUUCCGCGAGGAGAGGAACGUUCUGGUGAACGGAGACUGCCAGUGGAUCACCACGCUGCACUACGCCUUCCAGGACGACAACCAUCUGUACUUGGUUAUGGACUACUAUGUUGGAGGUGACCUGCUGACAUUGCUAAGCAAGUUUGAAGACAGGCUUCCAGAAGACAUGGCCAGGUUCUACGUGGCGGAGAUGGUUCUGGCGAUCCAUUCUAUUCAUCAACAGCACUAUGUACACAGGGAUAUCAAGCCGGACAACGUUUUGCUGGACAUGAACGGCCACAUCCGCCUGGCAGACUUUGGGUCCUGUUUGAAGAUGAUGGAGGAUGGAACAGUGCAGUCGUCCGUCGCCGUGGGCACUCCGGACUACAUCUCCCCCGAGAUCCUGCAGGCCAUGGAGGACGGCAUGGGGAAGUAUGGGCCGGAGUGCGACUGGUGGUCGCUGGGCGUCUGCAUGUACGAGAUGCUGUACGGGGAGACGCCCUUCUACGCAGAGUCCCUGGUGGAGACCUACGGCAAGAUCAUGAACCACGAAGAGCGGUUCCAGUUCCCCUCACACAUCGUGGACGUGUCGGAGGACGCCAAGGACCUGAUCCAGAGGCUGAUAUGCAGCCGGGAACGCCGGCUCGGCCAGAACGGCAUCGAGGACUUCAAGAAGCACCCCUUCUUCAGCGGCAUCGACUGGGACAACAUCCGCAACACCGAGGCGCCCUACAUCCCCGACGUCAGCUCCCCCUCCGACACCUCCAACUUCGACGUGGACGACGACGUGCUCAAAAACCCGGACAUCGUGCCUCCAGUGUCCCACACGGGCUUCUCUGGGCAGCACCUGCCCUUCGUGGGCUUCACGUACACCACGGACAGCUGCCUGUCGGACCGCGGCUGCCUGCGGCAGGCGGCAGACGGCACGGGCCCCGAGGGGGAGGCGCCCAGGGAGGGGGAGAGCAGCCUGCAGGUGGAGGCCUUCGAGCGCAGGAUCAAGAGGCUGGAGCAGGAGAAGCUGGAGCUCAGCCGCAAGCUGCAAGAGUCGACCCAGGCAGUGCAGUCGCUGCAUGGCUCAGGCCGGGGGGUGGGAACGGCCAGCAGGGACAAGGAGAUGAAGAAGCUGAACGAGGAAAUCGAACGGCUAAAGAAGAAACUGGCAGACUCUGACCGGCUAGAACACCAGCUAGAGGAGGCGGUGACUCUUCGGCAGGACUAUGAGAGCUCUUCCACCAAACUGAAGGCACUCGACAAGCAGGUCAAAGCACUUAGACAGGAGAAGGAGGAGAUCCACAAGCAACUGGUGGAGUCCCUGGAGCGGCUGAAGUCCCAGACCAAGGAGCUGAAGGACGCGCAUCAGCAGCGGAAGCUGGCCAUGCAGGAGUUCUCCGAGCUGAACGAGCGCAUGGCCGAGCUGCGCUCCCACAAGCAGCGGCUCUCCCGCCAGCUCCGCGACAAGGAGGAGGAGAUGGAGGUGGUCAUGCAGAAAAUCGACGCCAUGCGACAGGAAAUCCGAAAGACCGAGAAGGCCCGCAAGGAGCUGGAGACGCAGCUGGAAGACGCCAAGGCCGAAGCGUCCAAGGAGCGCAAGCUGAGGGAGCACAGCGAGAGCUACUCCAAGCAGCUGGAGAGUGAGCUGGAGACACUCAAGGUGAAGCAGGGCAGCGGGCGGGUGGCGGGCCUGAGCGCAGAGACCCAGCAGGAGCUCUCCAAGGUGAAGUCAGAGCUGGAUAAGAAGGUCCUGUUCUACGAGGAGGAGCUGGUGCGCCUGGAGGCCUCCCACUCCACCGAGCUGAAGAACUUGCGCAAGGAGCUGCAGGACUCGGAGGGCCAGCAGCUCUCGCUCCACAAGGAGGUGCUCAUGCUGAAGGACAAGCUGGAGAAGGCCAAGAGAGAGCGGCAAAGCGAGAUGGACGAGGCGCUCAGCGCUCUGAAGGACAAGUACGAGCGGGAGCGGAGCAUGCUGACCGAGGAGAACCGCAAGCUGACCAGCGAGUCGGACAAGCUCUGCACGUUCGUGGACAAGCUGACUGCUCAGAACCGGCAGCUGGAGGACGAGCUGCAGGACCUCUCCGGCAAGAAGGAGAGCGUGGCGCACUGGGAGGCGCAGAUCGCAGAGAUCAUCCAGUGGGUGAGCGAUGAGAAGGACGCCCGGGGCUACCUGCAGGCUCUGGCCUCUAAGAUGACAGAGGAGCUGGAGUCGCUGCGCAGCUCCAGUCUGGGCUCCAGACCCAUGGAUCCACUGUGGAAGGUGCGCCGCAGUCAGAAGCUGGACAUGUCGGCCCGGCUGGAGCUGCAGUCAGCGCUGGACGCAGAGAUCCGGGCCAAGCAGCUGGUACAGGAGGAGCUGCGCAAGGUCAAGGCAGCCAACAUCUCCUUCGAGAGCAAGCUAAAGGAGUCAGAGGCUAAGAACCGUGAGAUGGCAGAGCAGCUGGAAGCUAUGAAGAAGGACCUGGAGGAUAGCCGGUCUCGAACAGACAGAGGUUUGAAACUCCCAGACUUCCAGGACUCCAUUUUUGAGUACUUCAACACCUCCCCACUUGCCCACGACCUCACUUUCAGAGACUCGGUCUCUUCCUCGUCCGCGUCCUCUCUGCUAGCGUUUUGGGAUGAAACCAGCUCCAUCAGUGAGCUCGAUGCCGCGGGCCAGAAGGCCGACACCCCGUCCUUCCCAUCGGUAGUCACAGAGCAGGAUGAACCGGUCAAGCCUCCCCCAUCUGCCCCCACGGCCGCCUCCCCCAUGUAUCAGCCAUCACUGCUGACAGCGCCAAAGCCUAAAGCUCACCAGCUGAGCAUCAAGACCUUCUCCAGCCCCACCCAGUGCACCCACUGCACCUCCCUGAUGGUGGGUCUCAUUCGCCAGGGCUAUGCCUGCGAGGUGUGCUCCUUCAUCUGUCACGUGUCCUGUAAGGACAAAGCGCCGUUGGUGUGUCCCAUCCCCCCUGAGCAGGCCAAGAGGCCUCUGGGCAUCGAUGUACAGAGGGGCAUCGGGACGGCCUACAAGGGAUUCGUCAGGAUCCCCAAGCCCACGGGGGUGAAGAAGGGCUGGCAGCGGGCCUACGCCGUGGUGUGCGACUGUAAGCUCUUCCUGUACGACGUACCCGAGGGGAAGUCCACCCAGCCCGGCGUGGUGGCCAGCCAGGUGCUGGACCUGAGAGACGAGGAGUUUUCCGUGAGCUCGGUCCUGGCUUCAGAUGUCAUCCACGCCACUCGCAAAGAUGUUCCGUGUAUUUUCAGGGUGACCUCGUCGCUGCUGAGCUCGCCGGCGCGCACCGUGUCGCUGCUGGUGCUGGCGGAGAGCGAGGCGGAGAAGAGGAAGUGGGUGGGCAUCCUGGAGGGCCUGCAGAACAUCCUCAACAAGAACAAGCUGAAGAACCGCGUGGUGCACGUCCUGCAGGAGGCCUACGACAGCAACCUGCCCGCCAUCAAGACCACCAUCUCUGCCGCCAUCGUGGACAGAGAACGCAUAGCCCUGGGCACUGAGGAAGGGCUGUAUGUGGUAGAAGUCACUAGGGAUGUGAUCGUGCGGGCGGCGGACUGCAAGAAGGUGCACCAGAUCGAGCUGAUCCCCAAAGAGAAGAUCGUGGUGCUGCUGUGCGGCCGCAACCGCCACGUGCACCUCCACCCCUGGGGGGUGCUGGACGGGGCGGAGGGCAACUUCGACAUCAAGCUGCCCGACACCAAGGGCUGCCAGGCGCUGACCACGGGCAGCCUGCGGCCCGGCGGCCCGCCCUGCCUGCUGGCCGCCAUCAAGCGGCAGGUGCUGUGCUACGAGAUCACCCGCACCAAGCCGCACCACAAGAAGGUGUGGGAGGUGCAGGCGCCGGGCGUGGUGCAGUGGCUGGGCAUGGUGCGGGACCGGCUCUGCAUGGGCUACCCCUCCGGCUUCGCCCUGCUCAGCCUCCUCGGGGAGGCGUCCCCCGUCAGCCUGGUCAGCCCCUCCGACCCCUCGCUCUCCUUCCUGAGCCAGCAGCCGCUGGACGCCCUGCACGCCCUGGAGGUGGGCGCGGAGGAGCACCUUCUGUGCUUCAGCCAGCUGGGCGUGUACGUGGACCAGCAGGGCCGGCGCUCGCGCACCCAGGAGCUCAUGUGGCCCGCCAGCCCCAUCGCCUGCAGCUCAACUCCUUCCUAUCUGACCGUGUACAGUGAUUAUGGUAUUGAUGUCUUCGAUGUCAACACGACUGAGUGGGUCCAAACUAUUUCUCUUAGAAAGAUCCGCCCUCUGAAUGUGGAGGGCACGCUUAACCUGCUGGGCUCAGAGCAGCCUCGCCUCAUCUACUUCAGUAAUAGCUCCUCAGAUGGCUCUGACCUGGCAGUCCCCGAGACAUCCGACAACAGCAAGAAGCUGAUGGUCAGGACACGCAGCAAGAGGAAGUUCCUCUUCAAAGUGCCAGAGGAGGAGAGGCUGCAGCAGAGGAGAGAGAUGCUGAGGGACCCGGAGCUGAGGUCCAAGAUGAUCUCCAACCCAAUCAACUUCAAUCACGUGGCACACAUGGGCCCAGGGGACGGCAUGCAGGUCCUGAUGGAUCUGCCUCUGCAGAGUGAAAUUCCUUCCCCCUCAUCCUCCCGACACCAUGCUUUGAUAUCUCCUCCAACCAACUUUGAGCACGUCUAUCACAUGAGUCCUAUCUCUGCAGAAAUCUAUCUCCAGAAAGAACCUUCCUCACUGCAAAGCCUGCCUCAGAUCUCCUCCUCCUCCUCCUCCUCUCCUUCCACCUCCUCCUUAGGAAGGAGCGUGCUGCCGUCUUCCCAGGACGAGUCUGUGAAGGAGAGGCCGCGCCCGGUCUCCAGCAUCUCCAGACAGCAGCGGAGUAAGACCUACAUCACGCGCACUGCCUCAGGGGGUGGGGACUUCAGUGGUGCAGUGUCAUCCAGGCAUAUCUCCGAUCCCGACCAGGACUUUGAGAGAGAGCCCGACUCGGACUCCACCAAACACUCAACCCCCUCCAACAGCUCCAACCCCAGCAGCCCACCGAGCCCCAACUCGCCCCACCGCAGUCAGCUGACCCUGGACGGGCUCGACCACACCACCUUCGACGCCUGACUCCCAGUCCCUGCCCUAGAGAGCACAGGAAGCACCCCCACCUACGCAACUUGAAUUUAAAUUGCUGCAAAGUGCCAAGAAUCGUUUUACCAUUUCUGUUGUCCUCUUGCCCCUGAAUCCUUUCCACUAAUUUAAUUUUAUAUUCUCUAACCAAGAGGAGUGUUGCUUUGUGUUAAUUCACGGGUCGGUGCCGCCACAUGUAAACGCCUGUCCCCCUCUGCAUAGACCCACCAAGGAACUGUCUUUUGACAACCAUUUUUUUCUUUGUGCGUGUCAGUAUGAAUAUGCUUCACAAAACUCGUGAAGGACGAUGCAGUCAGGGUUUGCAGACAGGGAUUCCUGGCUUUCUCCUUGCUCUAUCUGCUUUUAAAGAUUCUUGUUUUUAUUUCUUACUGUGAGGGUGUCACAGAUAGUUGUUUAAAUGUGUUCGGACCGGGACAGGAAAAAUGUACACUGCUGCGCCUCACUGUACUGAAAUUGUGCUCUUUGAGUGAACCAGGUUCAAACUUGGGUCAACAGGUGAAAUAGCCGGUGGUAUUAACGUCUACAGGGUAAAAUCUUCAGUUAAUUUCUCCAGAUCUUUCACCCACAAGUGAUUUCUUCUUUUUUACAUUGAUAUAUAACAUCUACAUAGAGCAGCAAGGAGCAGAAUUAACAUUGGGAUCAUCGAUUAAGGGAGUCAAAAGAAAGUAAUGAAGAUGAUAAUAAUGAAAUGCCGUAAUCAUAGAUAAGUUUGUUUUUCAAAAAAAGGCAUAUUUUGUUGUUUUUAAAUGUAUAGUAUAUGUAUGCAAAUGUUAACUUGUCACAGUGAGCACCAGAUUAGGAGUGCAUCCAUACGGAAAGUGACCUUUUCCCAGACAACGAGCUCGUUUUCCUCCUCUCCUGUUUUCUCCCUGCAGUCACACAUAAUUGGAUCUUAAGGAAAGGACUCAUCACACUUGGCUCUGUAGGGCAUCCUGCUACACCAGUGGGCACUUUCAGUGAUUGAUUUCAGCAAGGCUGUGUAACGUUCGUAUUCUAGCCUCGAUCUUUGCAGCAAUCUACUGUAGGUUAAAGGUUGCCCGUUGCGUUAAGUGCUUAAACAAAACUAGUGGUAACACAGCGUAAAGACUGGAUUACUCACAGGACUUAUUACAGCUCUUUGCAAGCUGCUGCUGCCUCUGUUUGCUCUGUAGAAAAAUGCAUGGAAACCCCACUCACCAUGAUCCUCUAUCUCCGUGUAAUUGUUGUUAAAUGUAGCACAGACUAGCUCCUGUGCACUGUGCAGCCAUUGGUCCACCUUUCCACCUGGUGGUGCUGUUUUGUGUAUAUUUCCCUGUCAUGUAUUAUAAAUCCAGAUGUUUGUGACUAUAUUUCAAUACAGGCUGGCAUAUCCACUUUGUCACUCUAGUGUGCCUUCAGUGCCAUUUUAUAUGACAGUACCACAUCAGUUCUAAACAUUACGGGCUAAUAGUUACAUACUACAAAUGGUGGUUGUUGUUUUUUUCAGAAACACUGUAUCAAACUUGCACAUUUUAUUAGCUUAAGGAAACUUGUUGAUUUUGCGUCAUCUUAAUACCUGUCACAGUAAUCUGUAUUUUUAUUUUCCCCUCUCUCUGUUCAGCCGCUGAAAAUGGGGCUUCAUUUGUCAAAACA